GACCAACCGUUGGUGGUUAUUUGUCACAUCCUGCUGAUCAUUUUCCAAAUAUUUUUGGGAAUGACUUUUGGAGAUAUUACCCAUAUUUGUUGCCGUGUCUCGUUGCAUCGUCGGUUUCAGCUACUGGAUUUGUAGUCGGAUAUUUCAUGUUGCCUGAAACGCGUAAUAUUAAACAGGAAUCUAAAUACAAUUCUGAGAGUGAACCGUUACUUUAUAAGGAACAUAAUAAUCAUUCGGAUGAUGUCGAAUCUUCAUCUUCAUAUGGCGCUAUUAGUCCUCUCAAUGGUAAAACAGACGAGCAGCAAGAUUAUAAGGAGAUAGACUGUAAUAAUCCUGGUAAUGGAGCUAUUGUAGGGAAAUAUAAUGGAGGAAUGUGUGUCACUGACAGUAAUUCAACAUCAAGCAAGAAAAGUAACGAUAUUCCCAUAGUAACGCCAACUGAUAACCGAACAUUUAGUCGUCUCUUGCGCGAUAUAUCUCCUGCUAUUUCACCGCUCAUUUCCUAUGCUAUGAUAGCUUUUUCGAUAAUCUUUGACGAGGUGUACACGAUAUUUGCAGUAACUCCAGUUUCCGAUGGUGGUCUUGGCUAUCGAUCUCAAGACCUUGCGCUCAGUUUGUCUAUUAUGGGUGUCAUGACUUUAUUCUGUCAAUAUGUAAUUUUCCCGACGCUCAGUAGAAAAGUAGAUCCCGCGCGACUGUUUCAAAUUACGUGGUUCCUUUAUAUCCCUCUUUACAUAGUUUUCCCAUUAAUAAAUACUCUUAAGCAGUCACUCAAUUGCUAUUUUGAAUUGGAGAGGGGUAUUUUCGUGUGCCAUGAUAAGGGAAAUUUAACGAAUGAGCGUAUAGCUUGGUAUUUACUACUAGUAACAUUGGCUAUUCGUUACUUUAUGAAUGUUAUCGUGUUUACAUGUGUUACGAUUCUGGUUACAAACUCUGUUUCACCGGACGUUCUUGGCACCGUAAAUGGAAUAGGACAAACAUCAGCAAGCCUUGCUCGUGCUGUUGGACCCGCGUUAGGAGGAAUGCUUUGGUCUUGGUCUUUGAACAAUAAGCUCGGAUUCCCAUUUGAUCGACACUUUGUCUUCAUUGUGAUGA